UACACGCCUUGACAGGCACCUCUACCUCGCUCGCUUUUAAAUAAACUCUCCCUCACUGUUACCCCCGAAGACAGCUCGGCCGCAAUGGAGGGUGCUCAGGCUCCAGUGCCUCAGCAGAUGACGCCGCAACACUCCAACCUGAUCCGAACAGAUCAGGUGCAAAAGCUCCCUCAUCUGAAUGACCAGCAAAAGGUUCAACACACGCAGAUUGUGCGCAACUUCUGGGACAUCUUGAACACUCGUGAUCCACAAAGCCCUGAGUACCAGCAAGCACACUCGAGACUCUCGCAGCUUUCUCAGUCCUUGAUGAAGGGUAUGCGGAUGUAUCAGCAAAACCGACAGAUACAGCAUCAGCAGAUGCAAGCUGCCUCUGCUGCUGCGCAGGGCCAGCCAGUUCAACGACCGCAGUCUGUAAAUCCCCAAAACUUCGCCCAGCUUCUUCCUCAGAUUCAGCAGAAGGUCAACUCCCUACAACUUUUCCUUCCUCCCAACAUCAGCAACGAACAAGCACAGACAUGGCUCCCGGAGGCUAAACUCCGAUACGGUAUUGCACUUCAGAAGCAAGAAAUUGGACGAGUGCGAAUGGGCGAGCUACGUCAACAAGUCAAUCAGCGUCAAAGUGCGGGAAAUAUGACACAGGAAGAGAUGCAGGAAUUUAAGAACCGACAGGUUGCUGCGGAAAAACUUUUCCGUGAGGGCAGUGACUUUUUGACCAAGUUCAAAGAACAACAAGAAACCUUCAAAGCGCAGCAACAGCGAGCUGGGGUACAACAGCAAAUAGGCCAGCAAGUACCCCAACAGGGUGUUGCUCGACCCGCAACGGCAACCCCUACAGCUGCAGCUCCCCAAACAAGCACCCCCACAUCUAUUCAUCCUGGGCAGGCACCAACACCAGCUCCCCACACCAUCACAUCUGCUGUUAGCGCUGCAAGAAACCAGGCCGGGCAGACUGUAAUGUCCCCGUCCACAUCUCAACUAGGCCAAACUUCUACUACCCAGGGCACCGGUCCUGGACCUACCGUUGCUCCUGGUGCACCACAGCAGCAACCGCCACCUCAGGCUCAACCACCUCAGGGGACCCAAAGCCCUUUCAAUCAGGGUGCCACUGUGGAUGUUUCUACCCCAACGGGAGCUACUACGCAACCCAUCAACGCACAAGGACCGCCGCGGCCAUUAUCCCAACAAGCUGCUAUGGCACAAGCCGCGCAAAGCUACUCCAACAGCAACAACGCCAACAAUUCUAACGCAGGGCAACAACAGAACAUGACCCAGCCUGGUGCCAACUCACAUGCGCACCCUCAGGGCUACAUGCAAAAUCGAUCAACCGAAACUUCUGCGCGAAAUGUCAAUAUGGCCAUUCCAAAGACUCUGAAUGUGCCCCCUCCAAAGCCAGUUUCUAUGGCCCCCGACCGCCCGACACUGUCUAGUGGCCCCAGCCAUGGCGGUAUGGGUAUGAUGGGCCAGCCCGCUAUCCAAAAGCAUCCUGGAUACGUGCUUGAAGGUGAGGGUCAGCGUGUUUUAAGCAAGAAAAUGCUCGACAUCUUAGUCCGCCAGGUUACGGGAGGCGGAGAAGGCGAGGGCCUGACUCCCGAUGCCGAAGAGUUCGUCCUCCAAAUGGCCGAUGACUUCGUUGACGACGUGAUCACCGCUGCCUGCCGUCUCGCCAAGCUGCGCCACUCAUCUACGCUCGAAAUCCGAGAUAUUCAGCUUGUUCUCGAGCGAAAUUACAACAUGCGCAUCUCUGGAUUCUCUACCGAUGACCUCCGCACCGUCAAGAAGCCCCAACCGACCCAAGGCUGGACCCAGAAAAUGUCAGCCAUUCAAGCCGCGAAAGUCACCCAGGGCAAAGCAGAAUAGACGUUUUUCUGUCUCUCUCUCUCUCUCUCUCCCCCCCCCCUCCUUUUCUCUCUACCUCCCCAUCCAAUACCUCUCUUCCUCCUGUCACGCACAAUCUAUCAUUAUCUCAUUUCAACUCCUUCAAUACACCAGGGUGAAGUCG